AUGGAGGGCGUGGAAGGAGGAGAGGCGGAGCGGUGGCGCGAGGUGGCGGUGGCGGCGGCUCGUCAGGCGGGUGCCAUCAUCGCUACGGCCUUUCGCAAGACCGACGGCCCUGAGAACAUCGAGCGCAAGACAGUACUCGACGUCGUGACCGAGACCGACAAGGAGUGCGAGCGGGUGAUCAUGGAAGCGCUCCUGGGCGCAUUCCCCACGCACCGGUUCAUCGGCGAGGAGACGGCCUUUCCCUACAUUUGCGUGUGCAUCGGGCUCGUGGUGAACAAGAAGCCUCUCGUCGGCGUCGUCUACGCUCCUCUUCUCGAUGAAAUGUUCACUGCUAUCAGCGGGCAAGGCGCCUUCCUAAUGACCGACCAAUUCGUGUGUCGCAGAUCCGAGCUGGAGAGCGCGAUGCUGGCGACCGGCUUUCCCAAAUACCGCGAAUACCUCAACUUCCAGACCGCCGCCAUCUACCAGGCGCUGGCGAAUGGUUCGUGCGCGCUGGACAUGUGCGGGGUGGCGGUGGGCCGCCUGGAGGCCUACUACACGUGCACGGGCGUGCGCACGUGGGACUUCGCGGCUGCCACGGUCAUCGUGCGCGAGGCCGGCGGGCUCGUCCUCGACCCCACAGGCGGCGAGUUGGAUAUCAUGGGCAAGCGCGUGAUGGCCACGAAUGGCCAGGAGAUGGCGGACAAGAUCGUGGGGUUCAUCCGUGACCGCAACCUCCCCCAGGACGUGGGCAGCCUGCCCGACUUUUGA